AUGUGGUCAUCUGGGGGGAUUCUAUUGAACGAAUCACCGGACCCUGGAGACGCCGAAGAAACUGGUCGAAUCCGUCUGGCCCCACCUGCAGUGAGCGCCAAAUGGGAUCCUUCGACCCUUCCAACCGAGGAAGCAGACGAUGAACCACGCUGGUCCGAGAUUCAGCUUGAGUCCCGAGACGGAGAUGUUCAACUUGUGAAAAAAGCUCUGUCGCAGUACCCGGACAAAUCACUGAAGUUUGAGAUUGUGAAUCAACCAGCCAUCGGAUAUUACGGACAAACUGCACUCGAGGCGGCUUGCAUGAAUGGUUAUCAGACCGUUGUUCAAGUUUUGUUAGAAGCAGGGGCGCAUGUAAAUGCCCCCGGCGGCAAUAAUGUCUACAGAACUGCCUUUGAGCUGGCGUGCGGCAUCGGGAAUAUCACUCUGAUCCGCCAUCUACUUAAUGCAGGUGCAAUUGUCAACCCAACAGACGUCACAAGGUAUCAAGGCCGCACGCCGAUCCAAGCUGCAGCUGAAGGAGGGCACGAGGCAGUUGUAUUACUCCUUUCAGAGAAGGGGGCUGACAUUAAUGCUCCAGUAUCUGCUAGUGCCGGAGUCACGGCUCUACAGACGGCAUGCUUUCAAGGAUAUGUCAGGUUGCUGAAGCCCCCAUUGCAAGAGGCUCUGAUGUACACGGGCCUCUGGGAAAGUCAAGCGGCUACACCGCUCUUCAAGGGGCCUGCCUGGCUGACAGAGUUGACAUCGUGA